AUGUUCACGGGAUCGGUGAGGGCGUUUCAGGAUCUUUUCGUAUUACGCCCUGAGGGCGUUUUUGGGGAGGGUUGUUGGGAUCAUUGGGGGUUUGAGGUGUUCAUUAGAGGUAAUUUGAGGAAAAAAUUGUUUUAAAAAGAUUUGAAAAAAUAUUUUUUUUUUAUUUUUUUUUAUUUAAAAAAAUUUAUUUUUCAUAUUUUUUUUAUUUUUUAAAAUAUUUUUUGGAUUUAAAAAUGUUGUAUUUGACAUUUUUUUUAUUUUUUGAAUUUUUUAAUAAUAAAAAAUAUUAUUUUUGGCAUUUUUUUCAUUUUUUUAUUUUUAAAAAUUUUGUUUUAUUUUCAAAAAAUCUGAAAAAUAUUUUUUUUUAUUUUUUUUUGAUUUUUUCAAUUGAAUUUUUUUUUCAAAAUUUUCAAAAUCAAAAAAAAAAUUUUUUUUUAUUUUCGAAAAUUUUUAUUCCGCGAUAUUUUACAUUCUCUCGCCUUCAAAAAAUCUCCAACCGAAAAAAAUCCCCCUUUUCCAGAGCUCCAAUGGUUUAAUCCUGACAUCACAACGAAGGCAAUCAACCCUGGCGACCGUGUCCAAUCUGACGGCCACUCUCGCCGUCGGAGAAGUGAGCACGCCGAGAGGGCGGCCGGUGACGGCGGCGCCGUUUCAGUUCGGCGACGAGUGCGUCUUUCAUCCCACCAUCAACAAUUAUGUGAUGAUUGUGGCGUUCUGCACCAUCUUCUGUCUGUCGGUCAUUGGCAAUUCGGUGGUGGUGGUGGUGAUUUUGCAGGUAAAAAAAAGAAAAAUUAAAAUUAUUGAAAACAAUUUUUGGGUAUUUUUUUAAAUUUUUAAAAUUUCUAUUUUUUUUUUUAAAAAAUUUUUGAAAAAAAAAUUUUGAUGUCAGAUUUUUCUAAAAUUUUGCUGAUAUGUUCUAUCUAGGCCACAUAUCAAUUCCUGAAAAUUUUAGCUCUUGCUUUGCAGGCGCAGCCGAGAUAUUCAACGUUUUUUGCCGCCGAGAGAGUAUCAGAAAUGCGGAGAGCGGUCAGAGAAAAGCCUUUUUUCACUAUAACUCGGCCAAUUUUGAGUUGAAAAAAAUUGAUUUUUUUGUCAAAACGUUACUUCUUUUUCUGCCUGUAACCACACAGGGCAAAUUGUCAGGAUUUUUUGCGCUGAAAUUCUUCAUGGAUAAGCUCACAAUACUGUCAAAUUUUCGUCAUAUUUCCGGCUAAAAAUCCCGGUUUUUUCUGCAAAAUACAAGCUAAGCAACUCUCAAAUUUCUGGCUGAAAAACUGCCCUAACUAUUUGCGCUAAACCUCCCCCAAAUCUGAGCGUCACUCUGAAACAAAGUCAAAAAGAAUAUGGCUAAUUUUAUGGCCAAAGAUUACCAUCCUUUCGGUGCCAUCCACUUAUGCUUAUUCCAUAAAUAAGUCGAUUCUUUUGAGACGGAAAAAACAAUGUUUCCUCGGGACAAACCGCUGACCAAAAAAUGAGGUCAAGGAACACCCCAAAUUAAUUAAAAAGCCGCAAAACUUUCCUCGAAUUAUACGCUCAAUACUACGGUUAUUUUUAGCUAAUAAUGCGUGGGAAAUUUCAGCAACGCUCGAUGCGCUCGGUCACCAAUAUUUACCUGCUGAACUUGGCGUUGAGUGACCUUUUGUUGAGCGUUGUGUGCAUGCCGCCGACGCUAGUGUCUUCGCUGGUGUAUUGCUGGGUGUUCGGCGAUGUGCUGUGCAAAGCCUUGGCUUAUCUGCAACGUAAGUUUGAAUGAAUAAAAAAGAGUUUUUUUAAAUACGUUUGGAAAAAUCGUUAGACAAAAUCGUAGUUCGAAAUUUUAGCUCGCGCUUUGCAGAACCGUAAGAGAUGAUUUACGAUUUUUGCGGCGAAAACUGUAUAAAUUGAAGAGAGCAUUGAGGAAAAAUUUUCGGGUUUCUAUCAGGUUUUUUCGGAGAAAAAAUUUAUUUUUUUUUUUGUUUCCCCUUUGUACUUGGCAUUUCGAGAAAAAACAGUUUUUCCUGCCCAAAAAUGCCCCUGAAAUCUCAGAGAGCCGUUGCGAUUUUUUGGCCUAAACAAUACCCUUUACGGUAAACAUAUAGGCGUAAAACUUCCCAUGCCGAAAUUCUCAAAAAAGCAUCAAAUUUUUUUCCAAUUUUCGAUCGAAAAUGAAAGAAAUUGUCUGCCAUUUCUGCAAAACGGGACAAUUUUGUGGUCUCGCAGAAGGUUGGGUUGUAAUGGAGAAAGAAUUUUCUAAUUUUUUUCAAGUAUCAUCAAAAUCUGAGCAUCCUUUUUUGGACUAGUUCCCCUGUAAAUUUGCCCCCCAGUAAAAUAUAUUUAAUACUGGACCGUUCGUAACGCCGCUGUAGUGAUUUCAUAGUGAUUUCGGCGACCUGCACUGUGAGAAAGCAAAUUUUUCUUUGCACUGUGCAUUUUCUAGUUUUUCGCACCGUGCAAUAGGCUUUUUGGGCUGUCGCUCGCACCCUGACUUUUUCGCACAGUGCAGACUCCAAAAAUCAAUCCAGCGACUUUCUGGACGACUUGGAAUGCAAUCCAAGCGCCUCAUUUUCCCCCAUUCCCUCAAAAUCCCCCCAAUUUCCUCAACCUCCCAUUUUCAGCUGUGGUUGUGACCGCCAGUGCCUACACUUUGGCCGCAAUCGCUCUCGAGCGCUACUACGCCAUCUGCAAGCCGCUGCAGUCGCGCGUCUGGCACACAAAAACGCACGCGAUGGCGAUGAUCGCGUUGGUGUGGGUGAUCGCGAUCGUCUCGAAUGUGUUCAUGUUGUUCCUGUACGAGCUGCAGACCUACAAUCAGUCGGGUCUGAACUGCGCGCCAAAGCACAAACCCAUUGUUCAUUUUGCGUAUCAGGUCUACAUGACCAUCGUGUUGUUGGUGGUGCCGCUGGUGAUCAUGACGUGUUUGUAUGGGUCGGUGAUACGAACGCUCAAGUCGGGGAUUCGCAUGGACAUUGCGGCAAUUGAGGUGCAGAAUGGAGGUGAGAUUGUGUUCAAAUUUUGCGCAUAUAAUGUUUUUUUCUAUGGUUUCAGUGACGGAGCUAAUCCAAUGGCAAAAAACGCACCAUUAUGCACCCGGGAAGUACUAAAAAAUGUGGCAAAAUGCCUCCCUCUCCAAGGGAAAAAAGACUCCUUUUUUGAAGGGCCCCUCACAAAAAGAACGGGCGCGCUUUUGAAACCGGAGUUUUUCACUUGGAAAGGGAGGUAUUUUGCCACAUUUUUUGACACUCCCCGGGUGCAAAAUGGAACGUUUUUUUGUCACUGGAUCAGGUCCGCCACUGUAUCAAUAUGUCGGGAAAAUAAUGAGCACUCUGUCGCAUCAAAACUCGCAUCGCUGCCGAGAAAAUGAAUUGUGUCGAGGGAAAACCAAAUUUCUUUUUCCUUCAGCGAAGCGAUUUUCCAUGCGACAGAGUGCUCAUUAUUUUCCCGACAGUCUGAUACUACACCAAUUUAGAUUGUAAAAAAAAUCAUUUAUGAAAAAAUUGCACUUCUGACGCCUUUUGAACCCUAAAAUUUCAGAUGGUCUAGACAAUAAUCGCAAUGAAACCUCCCCGACAAAGGGCUCAAACAACAAUGGCGUUGGGAACGGGCCAACCGCCCCUUCCACUCCACUGCAACCAACGAUAAAGGGAAUUUUGAGUUCGAACGGGUCCGCCAAGAGCAAACGGUUCAGGUAGGUGAAGGAAGCAGUUGCUGACUCAAGAAAUGGCUAGGUUAUUGCGAAAAAACUCCAAAAGGGAGUCUUCAGAAACAGAUCAUAAAUUUCGAUGAAAUAUGGCACAGAUCUAGAUUACAUUACCUUAGGGCUAAUAUCAAUCUGUCGGGAAAAUAAUAUGGAAUGUCGCAGCAAAAUAUCUCGCCUUAUCGCAGACAUUUUGCCAAAUCUCCUGCCGCGGCUAGACGUCGCAAAACACAUAAUGGAUGACUCCAAGGUGCGACAAAUCCACAUUAUUUUCCCGACAGACUGAUAGCACUCUCGGCAAAAAGUCCUUGGAAUCUCUCGCGGCCCCCAAAUUCGGUCGCACUUCAAAGACAUGAUUUGUCGCUGCGAUAAUUCUGAAUCGCUUGCGGCGGGUGCAAAAAACGCAAUUGCACUGUGCAAACUCACUUUUUGGGCGGGCACGGUGCAAAAUGUGUUUUUUGAAUAAUCGCAUAUCAGUCUGUCGGGAAAAUAAUGAGCACUCUGUCGCAACCAAAAUCGCAUUGCCGCCGAGAAAAUGAAUUGUGUCGCGGCAAAUUAAAUUGCUUUUCACGCCAACGAUGCGAUUGGCGUUCAUUGUGCUCAUUAUUUUCCCGACAGACUGAGAACUUUGACCAUUGACUUUUAACCAGCUCCUCUUCGAAACGAUUUACCCACAUUUUACCCCAAAAACCUCUCAAAAAAAGCUCUUGCAAAGCAUCAAAAUUAUAAUAUGUAAAUUUUAGAUGGACGGCCGCCAGUAUUCAUGGCGCGAACGGGAACGUCAGCACGGACAGUCGUAAGACCUCCAGCGUUUUGAACGGCGCUCAAUCGUUGCGCUCCACGCACAGUGGGCGCACGGCGCUGGUGAAGCAGCGCUUGGUGCGGAUGCUGAUCGUGGUGGUCAUCAUUUUCUUUUGCUGCUGGACACCUUCCUACAUUUGGUGGCUUCUUUUGAACGCGCAGGAUGCUUUCGGGGUGAGUUUUAGAGGACAUUUAAAGGCUUGUUUUGUUUUUUUCAUGGGAUAGGUAUGCAAUGCUCUCAGAUAGAUAAAGCCGAAAAAUAUUAAUGUUUAAUCUGGAAAGAUGGCCUUUUUUUCAAAGCCCCAUUUUUCAAGAAAUUCCUCAAAGUGCAACGCCAGGUGUGCAUGAAGUUUCAUGUCUAUUUCAACUGUAGAGGCUAAUGUUUCCACGAAAAAUCAUUUUUUUCCGCACGAAACUGGCUACGAUAUAACCAGAAAGUGUUUUUCUCUAUGAUCGCUCUCCGCGUUUCGCCUACUCUCUCACCGGUAAAGAUUGUUUCAUAUCUAGACCGAGGAAUAUUUAUUCCGGAUUAUUUCUGAAAGGCUUAUUGUUAGAUACUGCUUUGCAGGAGACCCUUAGAUUCUCAUAGAUCUUUGCAUGAGACAAGUGCCAAGAAAGUUUUUUCCCUGUGUUCGCUCUCCGCGUUUCGCCUACUCUCCCAUCCGCAGAGAUUGUUGAAUAUCUCAGUUGCACAUCUAUAGAGCAAAAUGAAAUUUUAAAGAAUUGAUAUAUAGCCUAAGCCCAGCGUAGGCGUAAAAUCUUAUAAAGAUCUGAGCAUCGCACAAGGAGCAUUUUACUAUCAGACAACAUACUAUUUAUCCCCUUUAAACCCAAUAAUUUCGCCCUCUAACCCUUCCCCCUUCCAGCUCCAAGGCCUCAACGUUUGGAACUCCGAACUGAACACUUUCAUCACCGUCCUGACCUACCUCUCCUCCUGCACCAACCCGAUUACUUACUGUUUCUUGAACAGCAAGUUCCGCAACGCCCUGUUCCUCUCGUUCGGCUGCAAGAGCAAGAGUGGGCUGCGCUCGCACUUCUCGCGUCUGUACGCGCCCGCCAACACCUCAACGGUCGACACGUAUCAUGAGCCGUCGUUGAUGAACCAGAGCAUUCGCAGUGUGAAGGCGCCGGGUGCCGGAAGGUAAGGGUUUUUUUGGAAAAACGAGAUGUGCUUUGCAAUAUUUUUUUUUGAUGAAAAAUGAGAGCAAAAAAAGGUAUCUUUUCGUAUCAGUCUGUCGAAAAAAUAAUGAGCACUCUGUUGCAUCAAAAAUCGAAUCGCCGCCGGGAAAAUGAAUUGUGUCGUGACAAAAUCAAAUUGCUUUUCAAUUCAGCGACAGGACCGACGCAACGGCACUGUGUUCAGUAUUUCCCCGACAGACUAACAAAAGCUGUUUGUUUUGCAAACAGGGUCUUACAAAAAACAUAAUCCGAAAUUUCUCGAUUAUUUUCAACCGAAAACACCGGUUUUCGGGGUGGGAAUGCCCCUACUUCAGAAGGUCGUAGCAACCUCAGUUUGCACUUUAAAAUCUUGCUAUUUUGCAGACAAAAACUAAUGUCGCUUAAAAAUAUGUAUUCCAAAAACGAACUUUCUGCGCCGCCUCCGCCGGAAGUUAUAGCCUCCGACUUUCCUUCACGUUUUUUGUAAGACCCAGUAGAAAAACCAAGAUGAAUGAAGGUGCCCUAAAUUUCGAUUUUUUGAUUCUUUUUCAAAAUUUGACCAGUACAACGCGAACAGCGCAUUUUUCUUCUUUUUGCACCGUGCAAUUGUGCGCACAAAACGCGCGGCAAUGGCCAGUGGGGGGACCUGAUCCAGUGGCAAAAAACGUAUCAUUUUGCAUCCAGGAAGCAUCAAAGAAUGUGGUACCUCCAUCUCCAAGUGAAAAAAACUCAGAUUUCAAAACGAAGGUUUUUUCACUUGGAGAGGGAAGCAUUUUGCCACAUUUUCGAUACUUCCCGGAUGCAAAAUGGUACGUUUUUUGCCGCUGGAUCAGGUCCGUCACUGUGGACGAAAGCAGCUUACUGCAAGACGAUUUUUGAAUGGCACAUUGCAAAAAUGAAAUAGACAGUGCAACAAAUUUGCGAUCAAAAGUCUACGUACUUUAUAGAACGACAAAUAGUACUGGCCUCUGACGUGCUCAGGCCUUUUUAAAGUAUUUAAAAAUACCCCAAAGCGAUACGCUCUUUUCCUCCUGCCACGGUCAAACAUCCUGCUUUCCGCAGGAUGUGCGGCAGCCCUAACGCGGAACUUCUCGACACCCUAAUGUUUCCGGCGUGCUCACACCAACGCAACAAACUCAAUUUCCGGCGCGGAUUUCCUUCCGAGAAACAAAGCGAAAACAAGGAAAUUAUGUCGGCGAGUGCCGGCCAAUUAUAGGCUACAAAUCCGCCAGCAUUUUCGGGGAAGUGAAGCGUUCGGGAGAAUUUUUUUCCGGGAAGUUAUGGAAAUAGGUUUAGGAGGAAUCUGAGAAUGAUGAAUUUGGAAUAAAUUUUGGGAUUUGUGAAAAAUUUGCAUAAAAUUUUAAAAUUUGGAAUAUUCAAAAAUUCAAAUUAAGCGAAAAUAAAAAACCGAAAUUUGAAAAAAUUUUAAAAAAUGACUUUUUUUUAUAAAAAUUUGAAUAUUCCAAAUUUGCAUAAAAAUUCUAAAAUUGGAAUAUUCAAAAAUUCAAAUCAAGGAAAAAUAAAAAAACCGAGAUUUGAAAAAAUUUGAAAAAAUGACUUUUUUUAUAAAAAUUUGAAUAUUCAAGAAAAAAUAAUAAUAAAAAAAAUCUAUGUGGUCAGCAUUUUUAAUAUUCAGAUUUUCAGAAAUCGCUUCAAAACAAUGCCACUGAGGUUUGAAGUUCUUCAGCGCCUCAAGUCAGCGAUGAGCACUGAUUCGCCUUCAUUGCAUCGUCAAUUGGUAAGUUUUUGAUUAAAAAUUUACUGUAAACGAACUGUAUUCGCUAAAAAAAAUAUUUUUUAAAAUACGAUAUAUAUUAUGUUCUUCAACUUCAAUAUAUUUUUUAUUACAGUAAAAUCUCUGUAACCUCUGUACAACGAAACCUUAACAAUUGUCAAAAUCAACGGACAAUUUCUAAGAGCACUAUAGAUCAGUCUGUCGGGAAAAUAAUGAGUGUUUUGUCGCAUCGAAAAUCGCAUCGCCGCCGAGAAAAUGAAUUGUGUCGCGGCAAAAUCAAAUUGUUUUUCACUUCAGCCAUGCGAUUUUCGAGGCGUCAGAGUGGUCGUUAUUUUCCGACAGACUGUAAUAGAUGGGCCAAAAAGUCGAUAUAUUUUGCUCAAGGCUCAAAAAAAAACUUAUGCCGCGCGUUUCGCACCUUGCCGAUUUUUUCAAUUUUUGCACCGUGCGCUGUAGCCCGAAUAACAGCUUACAGGGAAAGUACCCCAAGUGCGACGCUCAGAUUUUGAUGAAACUUGGCACUGAUUUAGAAUAAUUUUUUCUAAGAAAUAUGCGAGAAUCCUAGCUCGCGCUUUGCACAAAAACCGAGAUUUUUAAAUCGAAAGUUGGCGAAAAUUUAGGACUUUUUGCCGAAUUUCGGCACGAAAAAUUUCAUGCCUAUUUCUACCGUAAAGGAUAAUGUUUCUAUAAAAAAUGAAAUUUAUCCGCACGAAACUGCCAGUUAUGGCCAAAAAGGUGUUUUCUCGCUGACCGCUCUCCACGUUUAGCGUGCUCUCUCGGCGGCAAAAAUCGUUCGAUAUCUCGGCGGCGCCCGCAAAGCGCGAGCUAAAACUUUCAAGAAUUGAUAUUUAGUCCAUACCCGACGUGUGUGCAAAAUUUAAAGAAAAUCUGAGCGUCGCACUUGGAGUACUUAAAAAAGUUUAAAAAAAAUUUAAAUAUCCAAAUUUUUAAUCUCCAUUUAUUUCAGGAAGCCCGCCUCCUCCAGAUGGACUCCAAGGACGGCGCGAACGGCCAACCGAUCCGGGUACCAAAACGGGAGAGUUUUUGUUAA